UCGGGACUGCUUUGUUUUUCUUCUUUUGUGGAGUCGUGUGGGGCAGCUCCCUCGCUCACACACUACAGGGAAGAACAUUGCACGCCCAGCUGUGUGCACCGACUUGUGUCACCUGCCCUGAUUCCGCAGUGGCAGACCUGCUUGUCUGAAUCACACGUCUGGUUACAUUUGUAGAGGUGGCUGCGAUGGCCGAGUGCGUGGCGGACGGGCCCGACCUGAAGGAGAUGGAGGAGGAGGAGCUGUGGGACCUGAUCAAUAACAACCGGCACCGCGUGUCGCUGGAGGCGCGGCCCUGCCUGCUCAUCCCCUACCUGCGCCAGGCCCGCGUCCUCACCGAGAUGGACGAGGAGGAGAUCAUGAACUGCAUGAAGUUCCCCAACCGCUGCAUGAGGACAAGCUACAUGCUGGACAUCCUGAGAACUCAGGGGCGGAACGGAGCCAUGGCCCUCCUGGAGAGCCUGAUGAUCCACUACCCCAAACUGUACACCCAGAUUACAGGUCGGAAGCCCAGCACGGAAGCCUCAGGCUUCAGCGGGCUGAUCAAGAACGCGGAGUUGACGGAGUACCUGGUGCGCGCGGUGACCGGGAUGCAGCAGGAGCUGCAGGAGGCGCGGCGGGAGGCAGCGGACAUGGGGGCCCGGUGUGCGGCGCUGGAGGCGGAGCUGAGCCAGGCCCUGCCCCAGAGCGAGGCCCUGCGGCAGCUGAGGGCAGAGCACAGCCGGCUGCGCAGGCACAUGGCCGGCCUGCACCGCGACUUGCUGAAGCUGAAGGACGAGAAGUGCGACUUGCACAUGCGCUACACCGCCUCCGUCGAGGAGAACUCCGUGGUGAACAUCCGCUGUCGGGACCUUCAGCUGCAGAUGUACCAGCUGCAGUUUGAGCUGCGCAAGUCCCAGAAAGAGACGGACUUCCAGAGGCAGCGCUCUGUCAGGUGCGCCUCCCCCAGCGACACGCAGCAGCUGCGAGAAGAGGUGUCCGCGCUGCGCAGAAAGCUGCUGCAGGCGGAGAAAUUUACUCCGGCACGGGAGGACAUCCUCACACAGGACCUGGAGGAGGCCCGGGACGGCCGCACGGAGCUGUUGGAGCAGAUAUGCUCCCUGAGGGAGGAGAGUGAGCAACUGGCCAGGGAGAGGGGGCAGCUCUUGGAGGAGAAGGAGUGUCUGGCACUUCAGGUGCAGAAGCUAUCUCUGGACUGUGAGAUGUACCAGCAGAAGAGCGCAGUAAUACAGAGUCAGCUGGGGGAGCUGCAGGCGGAGAGAGACCAGGCAUACCUGCUGAGGGACGAGGCCCAGACCCAGAUCACCCGCACACUGGCAGAGAAGGACACCCUGCGGAGGCAGGUGGUGGAGCUACAGGAGAAGGUCUUCACCCUCAGAGCAUGGAACGCCCAGAGAGGGGAGCAGGAGAAACAGGGGGACAGGAAGUACAGCUGGGAGUCCUGCAGUGACUGCCCCCUGCCCAGCCCCAGCCCGCGACCCAAACUCCGGCGAAUGUUUGCCAUUAGUCCCGAACACAAGAGAAGCACAAGCACGGAGGGAGGUGAAGACAGCUCUAGUAGCAUCCGCUCUAAACACGCAGAGCCGCCUUGCUCCGACUCCUUGCGCAGGAGGGAGGAUGAGCUGCAUUGUCACUCUGAGAGCCCUGAUAUGACAGAGUGGGACUCCCUGGCAUCCCUCAUAGACAUAGAGAAUGAUUUCGACACUGUUUCUGAAGGGGAUGAUGAGGUGAUACUUCCAGUGACACCCCCUUCUCUUCCCUGUAACAACAGCCCCAGUGAUGGGGCUGCCACCCCUCCUUUUCUCGUCCGUUUAAGGCCCAAGGCCCUGCGCAUCAGCAACCGAGUCAUGACCAUCUCCUUCCAUGGAGAGGCGCUACUAAAGCAACUGCAGGUGGUGGGUGGGAACAAGACAGGAGUGUUCGUUCACAGGGUCACGGAGGGGUCGGCUGCACAGCUCGUGGGCAUCAGUCCGGGGGCACAGAUCAUGGAGGUGCUGUACGAGCAGGAGCGGCGGUCGCUGCGCAUGGUGCUGGAGGACUCCACCCUGGAGGAGGUGCUGUGGGCCCUGGGCCAGGUUCAAGGGUUCUGCCAUCUCUCGCUGCGGCCCAACCAGGAUGGCUAUGAGAAGCUGAUGCUCCAGCUCCAGAGUGGGGAGGUCACGUCUGGGGACUCCUUCUACGUGCGUGUCAACAUGUCCCUGUCGGCUGCGUGCUCCGGAGCUCUGACAGUGACGUGCAAUGAUAUCCUGCACGUGACCAACACGACGCAUGGCUCUGACGGCUCCUGGAAGGCUAGCCACGUCCACCCCUGCCAGCUGAAGGAUCUGAAGAGUGGUACCCUGCCCAACUACUACAGAGCACAACGCCUACUAAUCAGAGCCAUUGAGGACAUGGCAUUCCCACAAAGACCACUCAAGAAGGCCCAGGAGAAUCAGAAGACAGUGCGCAUUGUCAGCACGGGACGCCAAGGACGCAACCCUCUGUGGGUGAGCGUGGAGGGAGACAAUACAGGAGAGGACAAGGAAUCAAGGAGCAGUGCUGAGCCUAAAAGCUGUGUUACCCUUAUGCCAUACACUCUGGUCACACCAUACCACCCACCAACUCCUCGCCCAGUCCUCCUCCUUCCCACAAUCCUCGGCCGCAUCAUGAAUAAUAGAUUGGGAGAACUAUCGGGCUUCCAGCUGUGUGAGCCAGAGCUGCUGAAUGCCAGUGAGCAUGCGGUGCGGACGCAUAAGGCAGAGAUCCUGGAGGAAUGUGGACAGGGCAGCCACCGCUGCUACACAUUACAGAGUGUGGAGAAAGUGAUGAAGCAGGGCUCCCACUGUGUUCUCCCCCUUGGCCCAGACUGUGUGCGACGUCUGCACAAAGCAGAGAUCUUUCCCAUCAUAAUCUUCAUCGCUUCAUCUGAGCGCAAUGUGCGCAGACUCAGGCACAAGCUGCAGCGCGAGGGCUGGACGGAGGAGCAGCUGCUGGAGUGUUCCCGCAGCGAGGAGCCGCUUUUGGACAAACUGCCCUGCCUGUACCGCAGGCUUCCCCCUGACAGCUGGAACGGUACCACCGCUCUGCUGGGAAUGCUGCGCUCCACCAUCCUGGAGGAACAGAACAAAAUUGUGUGGGUCGAACCUGACCUGUGGUGAAGGGCAAGGAUGGGCAAGUUAUUAAGGAUUUUAUCCUUAAGUAGAAUUUUCGCCUGGUCGAUUACGACUUACAUAAACUCCAAUAUGCCUCAUGAAAAUUCAAGUGAAGAACUACUAUGUUGUUUAUGCAAGCCUGUAGAGACAACAUUGCUGGCAUAUAAUAUGCUCCAUCAGCAUACUGUUACUGUACGUUUGAAUAUUUACCACAAGAUUUAUUUCCAAAGUACUGGAUGCAGUUUUGCAACUGUUUGGAAUUUAAGCAUUGUAAUUCAGAUUACUGAAAAGGUUAACUCACAUGAAGAUGCAUUAAAUAGCACAGCGGUCGCAACAGCAAGGACACUGUGGUAAUGCAGUCUUAGUUUUGAUACAGAAUAUGUGUAAGAGUAGGUGUAAAAUGUAAAUCUACACAUCAUUCAUAGCCAGUCAUCCCAGGAAUGAGGAUGUGAAGCAGCAUGUGGGUAUUCCCCAGACUCACGCUUGAGUAUACCCCACACAGACAACCUCCCAUUCCUUCUGCCCACACUCUGUGAUUCAAAUCUUUCCAAGACGUCGUAAACCAAAAACUAUGCGAACCACCAGAGAGUGUAAAGGGAUACCACAUUUUUAAUGAGUGUUUAUGCACCUGUGUCAUGGAAAACAUGAACCAUGUGACUAGUUGUUAUGGAGGACGUAAAAAUAAAAACGACCUUUCCACUGUAGGAUAGAGUACCUCAGUGUAAACACUUAAAAAAUGUAAAAUGGCAGCACAGCUUGGGUUGGCUGAUUCGUAAAUGCUAAACCUCGUAAAUGUGAGGGACAAUCUUGUUUGCUUUAUGCUAUGAUAUUACAAAAGGUACAACAAAUUGUUGAUAUUUAUAGUAGUAGCUGUACAGCUACUAAGGCAUUGGAUAAUUGGUAUUUGUCUGUAAAUAUUGGCCCCACUUGAUUCUUCAGUCUUAACUUAUUUUGAGGACACGGAGGCAUGUAUGUGCACCGUCAUUGUUUUAACUGUGAUCUUAUGCAAGGAUUUGCAUGCAAUACUAAUACAAAUAGUACUACAAUACUAAUACUAAUGCAUUACUAAUACUAAUACUAAUGCAUUUUUUGCAUUACCAUCUUGCCCAACCCUACUCUCAUGUACGUC